AUGGAGUUCCUACCAGAAAACUUCCAAACCGUCCUCCAAAAUCCCACCUUCACCUACCUCCAAAGCGCGACACAAAGCCACCUAAUGUCCAAGCUCACACAUCUACGAACGAUGAUAGUUCAACCCUACCUCAUCGAACCGCUGUCGGAAUUCAUGGCCUCUCACUCAUCCUCGACACCAGAUCUGCUCACCAUUUGCCUGCUGGCGAUCAUCCUCUUCAUCUCCCUGAAGAUCCUGGGCUAUGCCUACCGCGUCGUGAUGUUCUGGGUCACGCUCGUCUUCAGACUUGUCUUCUGGGGCUCGCUCAUCGCCGUCGGCUAUCACGUUUACAACGUGGGGCCGGAGAAGUCCUACCAGGACUUCGGGUGGCUUUGGGGCGUGCUUUACGGAUUUGUGAAUGACUUCCAGGAGAAGGGUAAAGCUGCGGCUGCGGCUUAUGCGGCAAACUAG